AUGAAAGAUUGCUUUCGAUGAUUUCAGGUGAUUUGAGACAAUCAAGAUGGCUUUUUCAUCAGUUUUCAGGAGAGGAAAUGUCAAAGAAUUGAUCUCAAAUGUUUCGGUCUACACUAGCACAGUAGGUAAUGAGUCAUCUGGAGGAUUGAGCUUGAUUUUUAAGCGUUGGGCCACCAAAAAGACAGCUGGAUCAACAAAAAAUGGCCGUGACUCUAACCCUAAGUAUUUGGGUGUUAAAAAGUUUGGCGGAGAGAAAGUGGAGCCAGGAAACAUCAUCGUCCGCCAAAGAGGAACCCGCUUCCAUCCUGGGAACUACGUUGGCAUGGGGAAGGACCAUACUCUCUUCUGUCUGAAAGAAGGACAUGUGCGAUUCGAGCGCAACAAGCUGACUGGCAGGAAAUGGGUUCAUGUUGAUCCUGUUGCUGGGCAUGUGCUCCACCCUGUCUACACCAGUGAUUCGACCCCUGCAGCUGAAAUGGAGCCAUUGUAAUGGCUUUACAUGGAAUGAAGUAACAUAUGUUGCUAACAGCUUUCGUCCUUGCCUUGAGAGUGACUUCUCUAAAGAAACUUAUUGCGAUUAAGAGGUUUCUGGGUUGAAUUUGCUUGCAAUAAGGAACCUAACCAUCAUGUUCAGAACCCUUUUGUUUUUGGUUCUUGCUGUGGCUUAAAGUUGUUUGUUUUAAGUAUCCUUUGUGAUUUGUGGCAUGAAGGUUGACAAACCUACAUGAUUUAUGAACACACAGAAAUUCUAAAAAUGUUGCUUGGGCCGGGAAA